AUGCCAGCGGUAUGGUCGGUCCCAGAGGCCCUUGUGGCAGCGGAGUUGGCCACGGCUUUCCCAUCAAAUGCUGGUUAUGUAACGUGGGUCACAGCCGCCUUCGGGCCAUUCUGGGGAUUCCUGGAAGGUUUCUUGUCAUGGGUGGCUGGUGUGAGUGACAAUUCAAUUUAUCCGGUACUGUUCUGCGACUACCUGAAACAUAUCCUUCCAGCGACGGCCGACGGGACACCACGAAUAUUAUGUGCACUCGCAUUCGCUUUGGCUUUAUCUUGGCUGAACUACGCUGGCUUGAACAUCAUGGGCUGGUCACGUGCUACGGAUCUGUUGCCUGAGUGA